AUGAGGGGAUAUGCCUCUCUCGAUUAUGAGGAUGCUGGGUGGAGGAGGAGUCAGAUUGUCAAGAUGCAGCUUUUGGUGGAUAGGGUCAGCAGGCAGUGGAUGAAGAAGUUCAAGGAGCUUGUGGAUCGCCAGAUGUACGAGGUGAUCAUCCAGGCGAUGGCAGGGAGGAGGAUUGUGGCACGAGAGACGAUCAAGCCGUUCCGAACGGAUGUGCUGGCGAAACUGCACGCGAGUGAUAUUUCGCGGCGGAAGAAGCUGUUGGAGAAGCAGAAGAAGGGGAGGAAGAAGCUCGGUGGGGAAUACCACGAUUCAGCAGGAGGCUUUCCAGAAGUUCUUGGCCAAGUAGUGUUUGUAGUAUAA